AUGUCCCCCGCUUCGCUUCCUACACAACACGCCGCCGUUCUCUACGGCGCAAAAGACCUCCGCUACGAGCAGAGGACACUCUUCGCGCCACAGCCCGACCAGGCUCAAGUUGAGGUACAAGCCACAGGGCUUUGUGGUAGCGAUUUACACUACUACAUGCAUGGACGCAAUGGGGACUUUGCACUACAGGCUCCGCUAGUUCUCGGACACGAAGCAGCUGGUAUCGUGACUGCUGUUGGCUCUGGCAUAACGGAUCUCGCUGUCGGUCAGCGCGUGGCCAUUGAAGCCGGUAUCAUGUGCAGAAAUUGCGACUACUGCUCCAAGGGUCGGUACAACCUCUGCAAGGGUAUGCGCUUUGCCAGCAGCGCAAAGACCUUCCCGCAUCUGGACGGUACACUCCAGGAGCGGAUGAAUCAUCCUGCGCAUGUUCUCCAUCCGUUGCCCGACUCGUGCUCGUUCGAGCAAGCAGCUCUCGCCGAACCUCUCUCCGUCAUCUUACACGCUUCUCGUCGUGCACAGCUUGAAGCGGACCAAUCUGUCCUCGUAUACGGCGCGGGUGCAAUCGGUCUGCUUGCGUGCGCCAUGGCCAAGGCUCGGGGAGCGCGGCGCGUCGUGGUGGUUGACAUCAACCAGGCGAGGCUAUCAUUCGCCCACGAGAACGGCUUCGCACAACAAACCUACUGCCUGCCCGCCGCCGCGCGACCGAAGACGCCGGAAGAGCAAUUGCAACGUGCCAAAGAGUCGGGCGAGAAGAUCCUCGAGGCAUUUGGGGAGGCCGACGGCUUUGAUUGCAUCUUUGAGUGUACCGGCGCUGAGCCGUGCAUCCAGAUGGCUAUCCACACGGCCAUCACGGGUGGUAAACUCAUGCUCGUCGGGAUGGGCACCCGGAGCACGACGCUACCACUGUCCGCUGCGGCGCUGCGCGAGGUCGACAUCCAGGGUUCCUUCCGCUACGCCAACACCUAUCCCGAGGCUCUCGAGCUCCUUGGCUCCGGCAAGCUAUCGAACCUCGACAAGCUUGUGACGCACCGAUUCUCGCUCGCGGAUACCGCCAAGGCAUUCGAUCUGCUAUCCAAGGGCGUAGACGAAAAGGGGCAGAUGGCGCUGAAAGUUGUCAUCGGGCCGUCGCAAUGA